UGCAGGUUAUUUUUUACCGAGACAGUGCUCGAAGUGGGACGGUUUGAAAAAGGAGGGAUCAAAUAUAAAGAAAUAUUAGAAAAUGUUCUGAAUCAGUUCUUUUGAUUUACAGAAAUAAUUGUGUAACUAUAGCAAUAUCAGUUGAGCUUUUGGGGAAUGCUCUAUAAUAGUGGUUAUGGUCAAAAAUAAUGUGAAAAGUCAAAAACCUUCAACUUUUCUCAGUGGAGGACCUCCAAUCCUACUCAAUUUCACCGUAAAGUAACGGUAACUUACUGGCAGCUGGGACGCCAGUAAUUUACUUUUUUUUUUUACGGUGCAGUUACCGUAGUUUACGUUAUUUUACCGUAUACUGGAUUACGGUAUGUGAUGGUAGGAUAACUGGGUUUUACUGUGAUUUUACGGUAUAUGCCAGAAUGUUACCGUUUGUUUACAAAGGGUAAUACAACCCGCAACAGGAAGUGCAAAGAUUCAGACUCAUUUCUGGGUUUUAGGACUCAUUCUUGCAGAAUUGUAAACCUGAAAUAUCUGUAGUUUUAACAACAGUAGUCAUAGUUUCAGUGGUUAUAGCAGUAGUAAUAUUAAUUGUAGUGGUAAUAUUUUCAAUAUAAAGAGGGCAGUUUCCUGCUGGGAAAUAAGUUAAUUCAUGAUUCAGAUUUAAACUUUUUUACAUUUUUAUGGAUUCAUUAAUUUUGAUAAUACUCUGUUGCAGCCAUGUUUUACACAUCUGAAGUCUCUUGUGCUCCUCCUCAGGGAGGCUCUAAAUUCGCCGUGGUGGACGCUGCCCAGCUGUCGUCUCACUCAGAACACCAACUCGGCCUCCAACAAUGACCUUGAGGAUACCAGAUGUUUCCCGGACGCCAGCAGCAGCAGCAGCCUACAGCGUGAUACAGCAGCAGCAGCGCGGAAAAGUUGAGCCAGUCGAACCGGAUUUUGCGCACGGACUCGACGCACGGACUCAACGCACCGGUGGAUCAGGAGAGAUGGGAGCUUCGCAGACGCGCCCCGAGCACAAGUACCAGGACCUGGCGGAUAAAACAGGAUUUUCACUGGAACAGAUCAAAAACCUUUCCAAAAGAUUCCAGCAGCUGAGUGGAAAUGAAGAGACAAUAAGUAGAGAUAACUUGGACAGCAUACCAGCCCUCGCCAACAACCCAAUCAGAGAUGAAAUUAUUGGAGCAUUCUUUGAUAAAAGGAACCAGCAUCAGGAUGCGGUGGGCUCCUGCGAUGAGAUUGGCUUCGAGCAGUUCCUCAUGGUCAUGUCCCACUUCCGCCCUCCAACCUUGAAGACGACGGUGGAGGAGAAGGAAGCUAUGAGGAAAGAGAAGCUUCGCUUCCUAUUCAACAUGCAUGACACAGACAAUGAUGGCACCAUCACUCUGGUGGAGUACAGGAAGGUGGUAGAAGAGCUUUUGUCAAAAAGUGACGCCAUCGGGCAGGAAACUGCCGAGGCGAUAGCGGAUGCUGCCAUGUUGGAAGUGGCGAGCAUAAAUGUGCCCCACAUGGCCCCAGACGAGUUCUAUGAAGGAAUCACGUUUGAGCAUUUUGAAGAGAUUUUGAAAGGACUUGAAAUGGAGACGAGGAUGCACAUUCGCUUUUUAGACGUAGACACCAUGACGAUGGGUUGCGGGAAAUCCACCUCUUGAAAUGUUCGAGUCUCUCGAGUCGUUAAAUGGGAUGAAGCCAAACACUUGAUGUGCACUAAUAUAUUUUGGGAUUGUGGGAAAUAAUUCUAGACCAAGUACCAUACUAUGAAUACAUUUUUUUUGUAUACGAAUGGAAAGUAUUUUGGAGCCAGAGGAUGUUAUCUCCUGUAGUUCACUUUUAAGCCUGAAGAAUUCAAUUUUUUAAUCAUUGUGAUCCUACGAGCGUCACAUAUUUUGAAUAGAUUUGUUUUCCAUCUCUAUGUAACUCCUUUAUGUACCCAGCAUGCAAUGUGAAAGGAUGCGUUGUCGUUCAGUCUAAAAGGUUCACAUGUUGGAUGAAGUCAGACAUGCUGUUCAGGCAUUCACGGGUCAUCUGUUCUGGCUCACGUCCAAAGAGUGAGACAGGCGCACACACCGGUCCUCUGCAGCUUCAAUUGAUCUAUUCCGCUGAGAUGCUGUUGUUUGAGUUAAUCGAACCCUUUCCCUGAGAUUAAUGAUUGCAGACUUUGUACUGAGUUCUAUUAAUGAACAAAAUUAAUUUAAGAGAUUUUGAUAAAACAAAUGCAUGUGUGCGAUUUUUGUUUUUCGAGAAAUUUAUAAAAAAAAAUGUACUCAGAAGAAACACGAGGUACAAAUACGACUUUUUAUUGCUGUAAUGUUUCACAGCAGCACUGAUUCAAAUCAAGAAAACUAUGCUGUAAAAAUUCAUUAAAGCAAUGAUUUAUAGGACUGUGAUCCUGUGUAACAUCUGGGCACACUGUCCAUUACAAAUACACAGUUACAGAUAGUAUACAUUGAAAUAUACAAUUCCUAAGAAGCUUGAUAAAAGGAAAGUAAUUAAAAGGAUCCCGCUUGGAGAAUCAAACUGAUUAACGGUAAACGUUUCUAUUGUCCGUUCAGUCACUCACUGAGCUCAGUGUCAGUCUGUAACGCUGCGUGUCAGUGGGAUGGAUGGCAGCCAGGCAGCUUGUCGUAAGGCACCGCCAGGCCGAUGUUGUAGUUGUACCCGGAGGACUCGAUGUAGUCGGACCUGCAGAUGGGCAGGAUGUGAUCCUGUGACAAUGCGUCCUCAGAGAAGUCGUAAUGGCAGAUGACUCCCCUGUGUCUGAAGGAUAAACACACGACAGAGAUAUCACUCAUUUCACUUGAGUAGGCUAGUUUUAAACUACUGACACAUCUGUGGAAGAUCAAAAUGCAGCUUUAUCAUUAGUGGUGGUGUCACUUUAAAGCCUGACUUUAAUCAGUUCGUUGCAUGCUGCUUUGUAGGCUUCAAUAAAAAACUCUGACUGAGAGGAGCAGCAGGUAGUCAGGGAGAUGUGGUCCCAAUUUAAUUUUGAGAAAGCAAACUAGCAUGAAACAAGCUUCCAGCCAUCUUAAACACCAUCCCAUUCGUGAUAACAAAGUGCGCUGUAAUUACUUUGACUGUGGCAAUAUAUUGUCAUUUAAAGGAAUAGAGCCACAUUUUGGGAGAUACACUAAUUUGCUUCUACAAAACCUAACGUACAGAAAAGCAGUCAAUUCACUGCGUAUUUCUGACUCUGUAAGCUCGUGGGGAAUGGGAGGUGGAUGUCGAGAAGAGAUCCAGGAUUUAAAAAGAAAAAGAAGAAGAAGUGUGUGGGAGGGAGAUCGGUGACCUGCGGUGAGCUGUGAGGUCAUCGUCUGUGAUGCAGGCCCCCCUUGGCGACUUGUCAUCGGGGAUGUUGGCCGUUACCAGGGUGCUGGUGUUGAAGCGGACGUGCCUUACAGGAUGCCUGCAGCCAAGACAGAAAACACCUUCAGUACAAAAUAUAAGAAUCUGUUUUUCACUUGUGCAUGUUAGUGUUUUUCUACAAAGAUGUCUAGAACUAUAUCUAAAAAUGUCCAAAUUCUGAUUGUAUUCCUCACAUUUGACACAAAAUAAAUGUUUCCUAAUCAGCAAACAGCUGCAUACAUUGACAUUUCCCUUAAUUUGGACCAUGUGAAUGUGGUACACAAUUGGUUUCAAAAUAAAAGCAUGUGAUUUACAUUUGUUAAUACAAGCUAUGAAUAAUUUGUCCGUGCUACGAUGAAUUAAACAACAUAUCAUUCUG